GUUGCUGUUUUUAACAUCUCCAACGUUUUUAAUCUGAAAAUAUUUAGUAGUUUUAUUGCCUCAGCUGAUAAUUAGUUGUUGUUUUUUUCCAGAAAUCUCAGUCCUGCUCACCGGAUCGUGCAUCAGGAGGCUGACACCUCCACCUCCCUCCCUCCUGAACGUCCCCGCGUCGAGCCCUUUAAGUCCGGAGUGUUCAGAGGAGGAGGAGGAAUUAAAAGAGGGCCGAGCAGAACAACAGGAAGACGGUGUGAUGAGCUGACAGAGGCUCGUUCUGCUGCUGCUUUCCGGACCUCUCUGGGUCCGAAGAGGAGAAGAUGCUGCAGCUUCCUCCAUCCUCUCCGCGCAGCCUCCUCUGGUUCUGACCGACGACAGCCGGUACCGGCCGGAGGAGGAGGUCGGUGUUUGCGGAGCUGCGUCUGAGGAGGGUUUCUGGUUCUCCGGUCGUGAGGAAGACUUUUCCCUCUGCCUUUAAUAAUUCAGGAUCUGCUCCGACACGCGCCUUUGUCUCCAUCCUCCGCGCGGAUGUGAGGACGGAUGAGGCGGGGGGAUGCAGCCUGAGCCCACCCCGGGGCUGCGAUGCUGAGGGAGCGGGUUGCAGUGAGAUGUUUCUGAUGGUACCCGCCGAGGCAUCCCUGCAGAGAGAGCCCUGAAGCCCCCCCUCUCUCUCUUUAAUGGCUUUUGUGUUCAGAAGAUGGAGGGUCUUACUGCUGCUCAACCUGCUCGCCGUGGCCGGGUUCAUGACCUUUUGGGCCAAAUGCAACAGCCGCAGCGCGCAGAGCGCCGCUCCGGAGGACGGCAGGGGGCCCCGGGCCAACGGGACAGCCCAGCAGCAGCAGCAGCAGCAGCAGGGGCCCGGCAGCGUCAGCCACGAGCUGCUGCUGAAGAGGCUCAGCUCCCUGGAGGAUGUGGUGUACCGGCAGCUGAACGGUCUGUCCAAGUCUCUGGGCCUGAUCGAAGGCUUUGGGGGGCGUGGUAAAGGUGGGCUCCCCGCCACACUUUUACCCCUGGAAGAGAACGAUGCUAAAUACCUGAGGGAGAAGUACGGCUACAACGCCUACCUGAGUGACCGAAUCUCUCUGGACCGGACCAUCCCGGACCACCGGCCCAGCAAAUGCAGAAAGGUCAACUACUCCAGAGACCUGCCCUCCAUCUCGCUCAUCUUCAUCUUUGUGAACGAGGCUCUGUCGGUGAUCCUGCGCUCCGUGCACUCAGCUGUCAAUCACACGCCGGCUCACCUCCUCAAAGAGAUCAUCCUGGUGGACGACAACAGCGACGACGAGCUGCUGAAAGGACCGCUGGAGGAAUACGUCAACAAGCGGUACCCGGGCCUGGUGAAGAUUGUACGGAACCAGAACCGUGAGGGACUGAUCCGGGCCAGGAUCGAGGGCUGGAAGGUGGCCACCGCUGAAGUGACGGGCUUUUUUGACGCUCAUGUGGAGUUUACUCCUUCAUGGGCCGAGCCCGUCCUGGCCAGGAUAAAGGACAACCACCGGAGGAUCAUCCUGCCCUCCAUCGACAACAUCAAACACGACACCUUCGAGGUGGAGCGCUACGAGAACUCGGGCCACGGCUACAACUGGGAGCUGUGGUGCAUGUACAUCAACCCGCCCAAGCAGUGGUGGGACGAGGGCGACGUGUCGGCCCCCAUCAGGACCCCCGCCAUGAUCGGCUGCUCCUUCGUGGCCGAUCGGGACUACUUCGGAGAGCUGGGCCUGCUGGACCCGGGCAUGGACGUGUACGGAGGCGAGAACAUCGAGCUGGGCAUCAGGGUGUGGCUGUGUGGCGGCAGCAUGGAGGUGCUGCCUUGCUCCAGGGUGGCUCACAUCGCUCGGAUAAAGAAACCGUAUCACAGCAACAUCGCGUUUCACACGCGCCGCAACGCCCUGCGGGUGGCCGAGGUCUGGAUGGACGAGUACAAGUCCAACGUGUACCUGGCCUGGAACAUCCCCAUGGAGAACCACGGCAUCGAUUACGGAGACGUGUCCCAGAGGAUCGCGCUGAGAAAGAGUCUGCAGUGCCGGAGCUUUCAGUGGUACCUGGAUAAUGUUUACCCAGAGAUGAGGAGGUACAACAACACGCUGUACUACGGCGAGAUCCGUAACUCUAAAGUCAGCCACUUGUGUUUGGAUCAGGGCAUGAAGGAGAACCACACAGCCACCCUGCACCCCUGCCACGGCUGGGGUCCUCAGCUGGGGCGCUUCACUAAAGAGGGCCAGCUGUUCCUGGGUCCUCUGGGGAGCACCGGCGAGGACACCCGCUGCGUGGUGGACGAUCAGGUCAGCAGCUUCCCGCAGCUCCUGAACUGUGACAAGGUGACCAGCGUGAAGCAGAAGACCUGGAGCUUCUCUCAGGUGAGGAGGAGGAAAGAAAUCCUGCUGGGUUUCUGGAAGGUCAGAGAACGACGCCAUCAUAAACCGAGCCACGGGCCGGUGCCUGGAGGUGGUGCCGGCUAACGUUUACUUCGGCCACCUGCUGGUCCUGCAGCCCUGCUCCGGUCAGAGGUGGACCAUCAAGAACGCCAUGAAGCAAUAAUGAAGGGAGCAGGCAGUUCCCCUGGACUCUGGUUGGACCACAUGGGUCACGUGACCUCACAGCGUGAGGCUCCGAGGAACGAGUUUUAUUUUGAAAGGUUCAGUUAUGGACAACUUUUUUUUUUUUUUUGCUAAGUGAAGAUUUAAAACUAGAAAUGACGCAUGAGGACUGUUUCUCAGAUGUUCUUGUUUGUGCCAUUUUUCUCCAGUGUUUUUAAGUUUUAUGUCUCAUUUAGAGAAGAUUUUCAACAUUUCUCUCAUCAGAAUAUCUGCAAUAUUUCAUCCUCUCUCAUGUCUUAUAAGAUGCAAAAAAACACAACAACAUGGAGUUAACAUGUCGACCUGCACUGAGCAGAAACACGAAUUGUUUGUGUAAAAAAUAAAACAAAGUUGUAAUUUAAGAAAUAACCCUUAAAGAUUUUUAUUUUUUCUUCCUUCAGAAGUUUAAACCCUGUAAAUGUUUAUCGUUUUAAAAAUAAGGCACGGUUUGUGAAUUUUGAAGCCUAUUUUUUAGCAGCCGUCGUAAAAAAAAGUCGCAAAAAAAUAAAUAAUAAUUAAAUAAAAAUGUUUCAUGGCCAACAGGGCUCCAGAGAUAAACCCUGUUUCUGCACGUCACAGAUUCUCUGUUUCAACCUGAAGCGUUUCGUAGCACGACUCUGAGGUGAAGCUAACGCUAACAGAACGCUGACUCAGCACUUCUCUGGACUCAAACUGCUGAGUCGGGGUCAGGUGGGAGGCUGACGUGCUGACAAUGGUGGAACACCGACAAGCAUGUGAAGUUCAAUAAACUGUGUUUUUGGUUAAACUUUGUCGCUCCUCAGAUUCUCUUCCAAUAAACAGUUUCCUGUUUUCAAAACAAA